AAAAAAAAAUCAGCCUUCCUGGAAAACUACCUUGUCAGGUAACGCAUGUUCUGUUUAAUGAAGUCGUCAUUGCAGAUGUCAGUAGUGUAGGCUGUCUGGCAAACGUUAUAGAUUGGUGUCGUCGUAAAGACGUUUGUGUCGCUGCUAGCAAGUUAUUUCACAAACAGUUUCGAAUGCUCAGCGACGGCUCGGCGUUAGCUGAAAGGAGGAAAUAGAAGUAUACCAUUUGAAGCCAUAUACGAGGAUUGUGAGUGGGUCAUCAGGCAGUCUCCCUAUGUCAGGCCGAAACGGGUCUGCAAAUGAUGCAGACUGCCGGAUCUCUGAGGACUGCCAAGUCCCAGAUGUUGAGCUGAUGGAGCCGGAGCCACUCCUGGAGGAGGGAGGGGGCCGACAGGCAGUGUCUAAAGGUGUCCAUCCAGAGGGAGCUGCGAUGCUUGCUGAUGAGGACGAGGAAGAUGAUGAGGUGGGAGAGGUCCUGACCUUACCACUUCAGGCUCACCAUGCCAUGGAGAAAAUGGAGGAGUUUGUGCACAAGGUCUGGGAGGGGCGCUGGAGGGUCAUCCCUUUUCAUGUCCUGCCAGAGUGGCUAAAGGACAAUGAUUACCUCCUGCAUGGACACCGACCCCCUAUGCCCUCCUUUCGGGCCUGUUUCGGAAGCAUCUUUAGAAUUCAUACUGAGACAGGAAACAUUUGGACUCACCUGUUAGGGCUGAUCUUGUUUAUUUGUCUGGGCACGUUAACCAUGCUGCGGCCCAACAUUUAUUUUAUGGCCCCACUGCAAGAGAAAGUGGUGUUUGGGAUGUUCUUCCUGGGAGCUGUGCUCUGCCUCAGCUUCUCCUGGCUUUUUCAUACCGUCUACUGCCACUCAGAGAAAGUGUCUCGCACCUUCUCCAAGCUUGACUACUCUGGGAUUGCCCUCCUAAUCAUGGGCUCCUUCGUGCCCUGGCUGUACUACUCCUUCUAUUGCUCCCCUCAGCCUCGACUUAUCUACCUCACCAUUGUAUGUGUCCUCGGCAUUGCUGCCAUCAUAGUGGCCCAGUGGGACCGAUUCUCUACACCUCGUCACAGACCUACAAGAGCAGGUGUGUUCAUGGGUCUGGGACUAAGCGGCAUUGUCCCCACCAUGCACUUCACCAUCGAGGAGGGCUUUGUUAAGGCCACCACAGUCGGCCAGAUGGGUUGGUUCUACCUGAUGGGUGCCAUGUAUAUCACUGGUGCUGGUCUGUAUGCAGCAAGAAUCCCUGAACGCUAUUUCCCUGGCAAGUGUGACAUCUGGUUCCAGUCUCAUCAGAUUUUUCAUGUUCUGGUUGUGGCGGCAGCGUUCAUCCAUUUCUAUGGCGUCUCAAACCUGCAGGAGUUCCGCUACGGCCUUGAGGGAGGAUGCACAGAUGACUCUUUACUCUGAGAGCCCUGACUGUGACUUGCUCAUAUUUUUCUUUAUAGUCCCAUAAACACCACAUUCAAACACACUAAAAAUGCUGCUGGAAUUCUCUUAUUGCUCCUAAUGUACUUCUGACUCACUAACAUCCUGUCUGGGUUUUUGGCUUCUUUUUUUUGCUUUGGCUGUUUUUGCUCCAAUAAAGUAGCAUUAACUAGUCAAUGAACUGUAGAGGGAAUCUUCAACAGAUGCUACUUCAGUAAUUAUGGAGUUUGAAGUCUGUGUUUGCAAGUAAGAUCAAAAUGGGACUUUAACCAAAAUCAUAUAUUUCUGUAACUGAUGGACACUUCUGAGAAGCUCACUAGUAGCCCAGCCUUGCUAUAGUCUCUUUGUUUCAGGGUUUGCACAUACAUUAAUUUGAGGAGGAUGAAAGUAUACAUAUAUAGUGUGAGGAUGUCACUAGAUAUGUUUUAAUUGUGCUGACACUGAUGCUGCAGCUGUGUUAAAACCUGGAACGUCACUACAAACCUACUCAUGUCCACUCUGCAAUAAAACAUGAACUGUACUCUGAAGGCCAAUUGAAACAAAUGAAAUUAACAUAUUGUUUAAAUCCCAUAACUAUGAACUAUUCUAUGAACUAGUCUGAAUUACAUAUGCUAAUCAGAUGUUUUACCAAAAUAAAUCAGGGGGUUGGAUUUUUUUUUCUUAAAUUAUACUAAUGUCCGUAGAUGUCUGUUUGCAUUUAAUGCGAUAUUUUAAUUGACAAAAGUCUCCGAACAAAUAAUUUUCUAAUUAUUUGACAGCACAGAAAAGCUGUAAAAGUUUGUAGCUGUUGUGGAAAAGUACAUCAGCUCACUGCAGGUUAGACUAAGAUGCUGAAAUAUUGAAAGGAAAUGGACUCUUCUGCUGUCAUUUCUCUGUGAAGGACAUCAUUGAUUCAUUUCUAGUUAUGGGCUAUGCACAAUGUACAGCUCUGGAUCGGUCCAAUUGUGUUUGUGUCAGCUGCAGAUCUUUCUUUUGUGCUAUAGUUCACAUGCAGUGAGAAGUGUAAAUAUCAAAUGCACCUUACUGCAAAAUUCAAAACUUUAAAUCACUAUAUGGGGUUUAAAAUGUGUUAUAAACUUUGAGUAUACCUGUGCCUUAGGCCAAAGAUGAUGUUUUCAAAUAAAAUGGCCUAUCUGAACAGUCAAGGGAGCUUCAAGGAUUUCCAGAUGUUGACUCUUCUUGUUUUCCUUGCCAUAUAUAUAUACACAAUCGAAUCAUUGAACUUACAACUCCAUU